AUGGAUUCCGAAGAUUCCAAAGAAAUAAAGGUAGAGAAUAAUAAUGCACCGAUUUGCCGAUGUUGCUUAUCUACGGACCGGCGUAUGAACAAAAUUGAUAAUUUUUGCUACCUUCUUCUGGAUUUGGCUGGUAUUAUUGUAUCAGAAUCAGAUGGUCUUCCCAAAUAUGUAUGUUGGGAGUGCUCUGCUUUGCUUAGGAAAUCUGUGAAGUUCAAACAGAAAGUAUUACAAAUCCAUUCAGCAUUGUGCGAUUAUAAUAAUAGAUGUGCUCCUUUCUCAAUAGAUGGCCAAGACCCAGAGCUUACUCAAUACUCAAUGCCAUACUUAGUUAAAACACCCACACUGUCAUUUUGUAACAAUCCAAAGAGCAAAACUGGGUUUUAUGAUGUAUUGCAGCAUGAGACACAAAGACUAGGCAUAGAGUUGUUACCUCUAGCGCAGGAUAUAAGUGCAGAGAUAAAACAUGACAUUAUUGACAAUGAUAAUAUAAUUAGUGAUUUAAUCAAGAAUGAAAAUGUUCAGACUGAUAAUGAGGAAGACUAUAUACCUGAUAAUGGUGAUAGAACGAAUGAUACAGAUGAUUCAGAUGAAAGUCUUUCAGAUGUUAAGAAGUUACGAGUGAGAAAGAGAGUGAAAAUUAAGAAUAAAGAAGAUACAACUGAAGUGAAGGUUAACCGUAGAGUCAAAAAUAGUAAGCCGGACAUAGCUUCUUGUCUUUUUAAAUGGUUACUGUUUGUUAAGUUUAUAAGAACCUUGAACUAUAAUUCGGUCACCGGUCAACGACGCCGCGUGGAGUCAUCGCCCGACGAUCUUUCGUAUACGAAAGAGGAAUGUAAAAAGACACUCACCUUCCCAUAUGUAUGUCAUUUGUGUUACAAAGGUUUUAUUUACGAGUCUAAACUACAAAAUCACAUGAAGAAACACAGUCCUUCACGUGGUUCGUACAAAUGCGAGAUAUGCUCUAUGUAUUUACCAACGAACUACAGUCUGUCCGUACAUAUGUUGAUACACACGCGGCGGUUCGAAUGCUUGCAAUGCGGACGACAGAUGACCGACAAGGAUUCUAUUAUUAAUCAUUAUAGAACAGAACACGAAGGUAUUAUAUCCAUGUUCACAUGUCAUGUCUGUGGAAAGAUAUUCAAUAAUUCUAAAACGCUUCGCGGCCAUGUUCGUAAUCUUCACACACUGAAGCGGGUGAAAUGCGACGAAUGCGACAAGACACUCAUCAAUGCUGACGCAUUGGCUGAACAUAAAUUGAUCCACCAAGGCGUAAAGGAGCACGCGUGCGGUGUUUGCGGCAAGCGGUUUCGUACAAGACAACAGAUGCGGUAUCAUCAGACGAGGCAUAGCGAUGCUAAGAAUUACUAUUGUGUGGAGUGUGAUAUUAGAUUUAAAACCUCGCACGCGCUGAAUCAACAUCUCAAAAAGACUGCCAAACACAUAGAUGAACAAAGUCUUAUUCACCCGUGUCCCCGUUGUAGCAAGCGCUUCACAAACCUAUCAGAAUUGACUCACCACCUCUCCGUCCAACACGACGGUGUUCGCGCCCACCGGUGUCCGACGUGUCCGGCUGCGCUCGCGACAAAAUCGUCCUUACAGAAACACGUGCGAAUGGUGCAUUCCGGUAUUAAGGUGCACGCGAAACACGUGUGCGACACGUGCGGACGUGUGUUUAAUGCAAAAAGCACUCUCACGAACCACAUCCGCACACACACGGGCGAAAAGCCGUUUGAGUGCGAGCAGUGCGGACGACAUUUCGCCCAACGGACUGCACUCAAGACGCACGUCAAACUCGUGCAUCUGAAACUUCAUAGGAACGCUAAGAUAAAACCGAAACAACCUGAAGAUAUUAUUAAAUACAAAGAAGAGUCGCCAUUAGUUUUCGAAUGGCCACGUCAGAGUGCGCCCGGUUGCGAAUUCUUUACCGUAACAGCCGGACCGUAG